AUGAAUUGCGGCUUAGCAGGAACUUGUUCCAAGCCAAAGGGGACAAGAGUGGUAAUUUCAUGGACUCAGGUUAGACACAUUUCUCGCAGAAGGAUAGCUUAUCCAUUUUAUCCAUUCAAGAAAUUGGGAAGACAACACCCAAAGAAACAUGACACAAACUUGAAAUUUGCAAUGAGACAGUUUUUAGGUCCGAGAAAUUACAAAGGUGAAUAUGUAAUGAACAAGUAUUUUGCGGUUCCGACGAACCAUGUGCCGAACUAUAUCAAACCGGAUUUGGAAAGAGGGCAAAGUUUGGAGCACCCAGUAACCAAAAAGCCUUUACAGCUUAGGUAUGACGGGACAUUGGGUCCCCCUCCUAUAGAAAACAAACGUUUACAAAAUGUUUUCAAGGAUAGAUUGCUACAGCCUUUUCCUUCAAAUCCACAUUGUAAGACGAACUACGUAUUAGGUCCCCAAUUAAGACAACGAAUCUUCGAAGAGAUUACUAUGGAAGGACUUUCAACCCAACAGGUUUCCCAAAAAUACGGUCUGAAAAUUCCUCGUGUAGAAGCUAUUGUUAAAUUGGUCGGUGUGGAAAACAGCUGGAGCAAACGCAAUAGAGUAUCUUCUGAUUUGAAAACUAUGGACGAAACUUUGUUUAGAAUGUUUCCCGUGUUCGAUUCAGAGGCUUCUUUCAAACGAGAGAACCUGAGUGAAAUUCCUGUCCCUCAAAAGACGUUGGUAUCAAGGUUUCUGACCAUUGCCGAAUCUGAGCCCUUUGGUCCCGUUGACGCAGCCCACGUCCUGGAACUAGAGCCUGCUGUAGAAACUUUAAGAAAUUUAUCUACUGUUGGAGAACACUCCAGUGGCCAUCACGAAUUGGCAAAUGAGAAUACCAAAGUUGUGUAUGGUGAGCUUUUACAAGGUGAAAGAUCACAAUACAAAUUUACCAACGCAAAGGUUGGGAGGGUUGGAUACCGUUAUGGUAGUGGAAAUAGGGAUAACAAGAAAGAUAGAAGAAUUGGUUUCAACAAACUGGGCCAAAUGGUAUACAUCUAA